CCAGACUCCCUUCUGCGACGAAGCUACCCAUCGGCGACUGCCUCCGCCCCCCGUAGUAUCCCACCAACCCCCACCUACUCCGCCACCUCUGACCCAGUCCUCCUAAACCUCCUCUUCGGGCAAUGGAAUCCCUCCUCGCCUCGACUUCCCUUAGGGCUUCUUCCUUCCCCGCCGCGGCGGCCGCCGCCGCUCGUUCGCCGGUGCCGUCGAGGGUUGCGACCCUUGCCACCACCCGCGCUCGCCCUCUCUGCUGCGGCCCCAAGGACACUAUUGAGGCGCUGGCCCGGGACGAGAUGCUGAAUGCGGUGGAACUGGUCCAGUGGGAGAAUGGCAAAUCCGUCAACGACAUAGCUGCUAGUCAAGGAAUCCGUAUCCGUCGGCACUGCCGUCCUAAUUCCUCCAUGAAGGCCAUCGAGGAGGAAAUGGGAGAACCGCGCAACAUUCUCGAGAAGAUCAUUUGGGACAAGGAGAUUGAAGUAGCCGAGGGGCACGCAAAGAAGCCUCUGAAGGAGGUGAUUGAGUCUGCUGGGAAGGCCCCUCCUACAAGAGACUUCUAUGGUUCUUUGAAAGCAGCCUACAGGCGUAAUGGGGUACCAGCGUUGAUUGCUGAGGUCAAGAAGGCAUCACCAAGUAGGGGCGUACUCAGAGAGAACUUCAAUCCUGUUGAAAUUGCUCAAGCUUAUGAAAAGAAUGGAGCUGCGUGCUUGAGCAUUUUGACUGAUGAGAAGUAUUUUCAGGGAAGUUUUGAGAAUCUUCAGAAGGUGCGCAAUGCUGGAGUGAAGUGCCCUCUUCUGUGCAAAGAGUUUGUCGUUGAUAAAUGGCAGAUCUAUUAUGCCCGCUCAAUGGGUGCUGAUGCAAUUCUGCUAAUUGCUGCUGUACUUACUGACCUCGACAUAACAUACUUCCUUCGGAUAUGCAAGGAGUUGGGAUUGACAGCUCUUAUUGAGGUUCACGAUGAAAGGGAAAUGGAGCGUGUACUGAACAUAAAUGGUGUUCAGCUUAUUGGCAUCAACAACCGCAGCCUUGAGACAUUUGUAGUGGAUACAUCGAACACAAAGACAUUAUUGGACAAGCACGGUGAUAUCAUCAGGGAGAAGGGAAUAUUGGUUGUUGGCGAAUCAGGGCUGUUCAACCCAGAUGAUGUUGCUUAUGUACAGAAUGCUGGAGUCUCUGCUGUCUUGGUAGGAGAAUCCCUGGUGAAGCAAGAAGACCCUGGGAGAGCCAUUGCCGGGCUCUUUGGGAAAGAAUUGUCGCAGUGAUAGAAGAUCGGUUGGACUUGUUGGUGCCUUGGUAUAGACUAGCAGUAGCUGCCAAACUGCAGCAUGAAUAAUGUUUUCUUGUUUUCUUUUGGAUGAGCGAUGACAGUAUGAUAAUUUUUGAGUGAAGGGAAUGGACAUAUCAUCUUUUUUGGCGACUAAUAAACAUAUGGUCUAUACACAUGAAAAUUCAUAAUUUGUCA